AGAAUUCACUCUACAAAGCUUGUUCCGUUAACAAUUCUUCCCUGGAAAAUAAAUCAACAAAAAACAGUGUGAGGAAAAACACAACCAGAAAUGAGAACCCCAAACCAGUUAGUCUCUUCUUUCCUCUUCUUUCUUUGUUUUAAUUAUGUUCUUAACCUUUUGCAAGCUCAGCCAGAGCCAAGCACCCAAGGAUUCACCUGCACGGUGAACCAGACUAGCAACCCAUGCCAAACCUACGCCUUCUACCAGGCCACGGCGCCCAACUACCUGGAUCUGGGUUCCAUUGGUGACCUUUUCUCUGUUAGCCGUCUAAUGAUAUCAAAACCAAGCAACAUCUCCUCUCCAUCUUCACCUCUCAUCCCUGGCCAAUCUCUCUUUGUCCCCUUGUCAUGUUCUUGCAAUACUGUCAAUGUUACCACUGGUGUCAAUUACUCUUAUGCAAACAUUUCAUACACUAUUAAGGCAGGUGACACUUUCUACCUGCUUUCUACUUAUAGCUUCCUAAACCUCACUACUUACCAGGCUGUUGAGGUUGUGAAUCCCACGCUCAUCCCCACCCUACUCGAUAUAGGCCAAAACGUGAUCUUUCCAAUAUUUUGCAAGUGUCCUAAUCAAACCCAAUUGCAAAACCAGGUGAAUUAUCUGAUAUCUUAUGUGUUUCAACCUUCUGAUAACUUAUCACUGGUUGCUUCAAGGUUUGGAGUAGACACACAGUCGAUUGUAGAUGUUAAUGGCAACAGUCUGCAGCCUUUUAAUACCAUCUUCAUUCCAGUCAAUCGACUUCCAAUAUUGUCACAGCCUACAGUUGCUCCUUCUGUGGCAUCUGGGAGGAGAGAGAGGAAAGGUUUAAUCACAGGAUUGGGAGUCGGGCUUGGAGUUACCGGGGUUUUGUUGAUUUUGAUAAGUGGGAUUUGGGUUUAUAGAGAGGGUAAGUUGAAGAGAGAGAGAGAAGGGGAUGAAGAGAAGCGGAGGAUGAACUACUAUGGAAAAGAGAAAGGUUUGAAGGACAUGGAAACAAGUUUGCUGGCAGAUGUUUCAGGUUGCUUGGACAAGUACAGGGUCUUUAAGAUUGAUGAAUUGAGAGAAGCCACUGAUGGGUUCAAUGAAAAUUUCUUGAUUCAAGGGUCUGUGUAUAAAGGGUCCAUUAACGGGGAGGACUACGCCAUUAAGAAGAUGAAUUGGAAUGCUUACGAGGAGCUUAAGAUCUUACAGAAGGUAAACCAUGGCAAUUUGGUGAAGCUAGAGGGCUUUUGUAUAGACACUGAGGAUGCAGGUUGCUACCUAAUCUACGAGUACAUAGAAAAUGGCUCUCUUCAUUCAUGGUUACACGGCAACAGGAAUGAAAAGUUGAACUGGAAGACAAGAUUACGCAUUGCUGUUGACGUUGCCAAUGGUCUCCAAUACAUCCAUGAGCACACUAGGCCAAGGGUUGUGCACAAAGACAUCAAAAGUAGCAACAUUCUUUUAGAUACAAACAUGAGAGCCAAAAUUGCCAACUUUGGACUAGCAAAAUCAGGCUGCAAUGCCAUAACAAUGCACAUUGUUGGUACUCAAGGCUACAUUGCACCUGAAUAUCUAACCGAUGGUGUGGUUUCAACAAAGAUGGAUGUUUUCUCCUUCGGUGUGGUUCUGCUUGAGCUCAUAUCUGGCAAGGAAGCUAUUGAUGAAGAGGGUAAGCUUUUGUGGGUAAAAGCCAAUACGGUUUGGGAUGGAAGUGUGGAGAAGAAGGAGAAAAGGUCGAAGGAGUGGAUGGAUGAUGUUCUUUCAGAAGAAUCAUGCUCAAUGGAGAGUGUAAUGAAUGUAAUGAGUGUUGCAGCUGCUUGUCUCCAUAGAGAUCCUUCAAAGAGGCCUAGCAUGGUGGACAUUGUUUAUGCUUUGUGUAAGAACGAUGAUUUGUUUUUUGACAUCUCGGAAGAUGGAUUAUCAGAACCUCAGGUGACGGCAAGAUAAGUUGACUUUUGGUAGUUCAAAUAUAUAGUUUCGUGAUAUAUAUAUAUAUAUAUAUAUAUAUAUAUAUAUAGUAAUGAGGCUGUAUAUGAGCAUUAGAAAUUUUGUUUUCAAGAUCUUAUAAAAUCCCCCAAGAAAUAGUAGUACUAAUAAAAUGGAGUUUAAGGCAUAUAAGGAAACGAGCGAGGUGUUAUGCUAUUUGUAGUGCAUGAGAAGUUAUCAGCCAGGAGGUGACAUGUUAUUUCACUAGCAUUAGAUGACUACAAUGUGUAUUUGAUCCCUUUUAAUCUCUUAUUGUACUUAUAUUUCUACCA